CAAAGGAGAGAAGGAGAAAGAGAAGCAGAAGGAGGACGCAACAAUUCUUUUAAUCAAUUGUUUAUUUAUUUCUUUUAAAUUAUUAAGAAAAUGGUGUAGCAAUUCUAAGCGUUCCGAAUGGCUUAUAUAAGUGUAACGGAGUGGACUCCUGAUCAUGUGACAGACUGGAUAAAAGGUCUGGACGAGUCCAUGAAAAGCUAUUUAUAUGAAUUUUCCAAAAAUGAAAUUGGUGGACGAGCCUUGCUCAAUAUACGUCCCUAUGAAUUGGAAAAUUUGAAAAUGCUAAGGAUAGGCCAUCAGGAGAUUGUCCUCGAAGCAGUGGAGAAUUUGCGAAAUUUUCAUUAUAAUUUGAAAAAUGAUAAUCUCCAGUUUAUGGCCUUGCAUGUGGGAACAGCAGCUCGAAAUUUGCAUCGUGAAUUGGCCAAAGAUCAUGCGGAUAGCACAAAGAUCGAUACCAGGACACUGCAUGACAUAACCCGUACUAUUGCGACAUUGAAACCUUUGAUAGGAAGCCUGGAAAGGUCACCAUUUCGCAAGCAGGAUAUGUAUAGAGAAUAUUGCGGAAAUGUACUAAGAUGUGGCCUUGAAUUGGCCACCAUAGCGCAUAGAGAUCGUUUCGCUGAACGCCCAGUUGCCCAGAUAAAAGCCCUUGCCGAACGCCUAGAGAGAUUAGCUAAUUUUAUCAUACAAGAUAUUUCCGAUCCCAUGGUGCUGCAGCCAGCCUCACUUAAGUUGGUAACUCUAAAGAAACGUGAAUCGGAUUUGGGCUUCAAUAUAGAAUCCAGCUAUAAUGGCAUCCAUAGAGUCACCGAUACUAAAUACAAUUCACCAGCACAUAAUUCGGGUAAAAUCGAAGAUGGUGAUGAAAUUGUUCAAAUUAAUUAUCAAACUGUUGUGGGAUGGCAACACAAGACGGUAUUGGAGUACCUAAGGGAAGCUCUGCAAUCGGAUACACAUCUGACUGUGAAAAAGAGACCCAAACAUACGAAAAUGUUUGGCCAAAUCUAUAUACAGCCAUUUAGAUUGCCCAGUAAGAAACGAAAUAUGGCCAGUCGUUGGGCUGAUCAACAGUUGCCCAGUCCCAGGAAUGCAUUUCUCACGCUGGAUACGGAAAAAGCAAACACAAUACAUACAGGAACUGAUGUAGGCGUAAGAGGCGUGGCAAGUGGACCUGGCGGAGACAAUGUAUCCGAAAGUAAAACGCUACUAAAACAAACGGAAGAAAAAGAUCAGAGCAAAGUGGAGGCAACAAGUGCUGCUUCUGUUGCUGCUCACUGUUCCGACUCGGAUUCCAGUUCUAGUUGCAGUGAUAUACCCACACCCACAGAUCCAAAGGGUUCUGUGUCAAGGGAAAUACGUCUUUAUUAUCCCAAACCAAGAGCUUUGUUACAGCGACGCAACACAAUCUGUGGUGAUGAGUUUCUUAGUUUAAAGCACUCGGAUCUGGUGAUGAUUCCCUCAUGGCAUGAACGCAAGCCUGGGGAUAAAGUGAAUCAAAUGUGCGGUGAUCCAUCAUCGCCCAGUAUUAGGGAUAAAUCCAUUUCAUUUGGUUAUGGCUUGGAAAUUGCCCCAAGACCGACCACCUGCAUUGGAAUAACAGGAGGAAGUGGAGACUCUUGUUCAGAUAAGGCCAGGCGAUUGUUUCACGAAUCCCUGAAACUGAAGCAACUAACCGAGGAAUCACAGACCGAGGAGGAGCUAGUGAAACAACAGAGGGAUCGGUAUAAGCCCGGUGUUAGCAAAGUUGUACGCUUCGACAAUCAUAUGAAAGUGGAGGAUUAUGUGGUAAAGAAUGAGAAAUUCACAUGCAAUGUGGAAAAUACCAUUUUGGAGACCUUCGAACCCAUACCAUUUGCCGACGAGGAAGACGAGGAUGCCCUGGAGACAUUGAGGAAUUGCACUGCGGAUAAUAAAGAGGACCUAAUGGAAGCCAUUAAUCAGGCUACCCGUGAUCAAGAUCAUCUGGCGCAGGCCAUAAAUGCACCAUUGUUAUUAAAUCGUCGUGGCCGGCUGGACAAAAGUCAUAGUACGCCAGCCUAUGAUAAUUCCGGUGAGGAAUCGGACACACCGCCAGCCAUAGAGCCACGCAAAGAGUUCUUACUAGCCACGCCACCUGCUCCGCCGCCUAGACCACGUAAGCAGAGAGAGAUGACACCACCCACUGUGCCACCGCCACCCCCAAAGCCAGCUAGUAUGCAGAUUGUAUGUGAUCCACCUCCCCCAGAUCAGAGUGAGCUGCAUACACCAACCAAAUCGAGAACUUUAACACUGAAAAAGAAGCACAGCCUGAUGGCCAAACGGAGAAAUACAAAUCUUAAGCACCUUGGCACUGGUGACAUCCAGGGGCAUGUCUUCAGACGCAAAAAGAAUCGUCGCGGCGUCACCUAUUGGGCACGCAGAUAUUUUGUUAUGUUGGACACAAUACUCUAUGGAUUUUGCAGCAAGGAAAGCUCAACCGCCGGUUUAGUCAUCUUUCUGCCGGGAUUUACAGUCAGCCUGGCCAAAGAAGUCCAUUCGAGGCCAUAUGCUUUCAAGAUUUAUCAUUCCACAAAGAGUUUUUACUUUGCUGCCGAAUCUUUGGAUGCUCUCAAUCAGUGGGUAGAAUUUCUAAGUCAAGCCUCACUCAAAAUGAAUCCUUCGAUUAGUUCGACAGAGGCCAAAGAUUUGUAUUCGGAAAAUGAUAGUUCGGGUGAGGAGAAUGAUGCCGUGGUGGCUAAGAAUCUAUCAACACCCUCGCCACAAAAUACACCAAGUGGUGUUGGUAGUAGCAACAGUAAUAAUGGCGGUGGUGGUGGUGGUGGUACAACCGGCAAGGAUCUUUCACCGGCCAUGGGUGGAACCCCCUUAUCGAGUCAUUCGGUUAAAAAUGAACGGGGCUAUUUGGAUUCAUUGCGAAAAUUCACCAUGGGGCCAUUUACCAAAAGUAGUUCGGCCAAAUUACCACGUGACAUUCCGGUGCCAACGGAACAAUAUCGAAGCUAUAGAAAAGUGCCAGGAGGUAGCUUUGGCAUACAAAUAGGAGCCAAUACGCCAGGCUAUCAUGAUCCGGCCAUGCCGCCUACUCAGGUCACUCCAUUAGCCAGCAAACUCUCACGUAGCUCCAGUCGCAGUUCAAUGGAAUCGUCAGCCUCGUUGAUUUUAGGGCCCCCGUUAUCCCCAGCACCGACGCUCAGUUCCCUGCAACAUCAAAGCUCCGAGGAUAGUCAGAGUCAAAGCGCUGAAAGUCAGAGUCAAGAGAGUCAAAGUCAGAGUCCCACAAGUAGUAAAUCCAGUUUGAAAAAGGUACCCUGUAAUUUUCUUCAUGCCUCCAAUCCCAAUCUGGUGGAAUUUGAUUUUCAAACGUCAAAAUCUUUGAUUCCCAAAAUGAGUGCUGGGGGCCCUUUGGACCAUCAUGGCAAUCAUAAUACCCAGGGAUUUGUAACACUCAAAGAUCUAAUGUUGCGCAAACAGGAGGAGGAAGCCCAAGAGAUGUACAAUAAUCGUGUUCAUCUGGGCGUUGAGAAGCACAAGCAUAUGCGAACCGAAUCAACAGCGAGUCAACAAAGUGGUUUGAGUAUAGCAAAACCAACAAAGGUGGCACCAGAAAACUUACCCAAAAUUCAAAGUGUUAGCCUACCCAAGACUCCGGACUACGAGAUAAGCUUUAAACCCGACGAUGAAAGCAUUAAAAGAACUCGAACUAAAGAGGGUCAAAAAUUGAGAGAUUUUGGCUAUGAGCAAAUAUGUGGAGAUGAGCCAAGUUCAUCAUCAUCCAAUUUCCAGCAUCUACAGCAGCAGCAUCAGCAAUCACAUCAUCAGCAACAUCAGACAUCAAGUCGUUCCAAACAUUUUCACAUGCAAUUCUCCAGUUUUCUACACAAAAGCUCUAGUAGCAGCAAUAACAACAAUGGUAAAACAUCAUCCUCAUCCUCUGCCACGGAUUUGCAAAAGAAGAACAAAGUAAAGUCACACAGUGAUCGAAGAUUUCCAUUUACCAAAAACUCAGCAUUAAGUGGCGGAGCAGCAGGAUCUGCUGGUAGUGCCAUGACCAUGACUUUGCCUUUAAAAAUGAAAUCCAAAUCAAAUCAUCAUCUAGAUGGCCAGAUUUCAUCACCCACAACAUCUUCGAGCAUUAAGAAAAGUCAGACAUAUAAUCAAGAUUUGAGGGAGAAAAUUACAGGAACCAAUUACGAUGCUCAUCGUAAGAAUUCUGCACCCAUUCCCAUAUUCUCCAAGCUAUCGAUAUCCUCAUCAUCCUCGACAAGUGCCACACCCACAAAAACAAGUAAGGAGAAUCGAUUUUUGGGUUCUCCUAGAUUGCAUCGUACACUUUUCGGCCACCAUCAUCAUCACCAGCAUCAUGUUCCGCAGACCCCACCUCUGCCAGUUGUGACUCCACCGAGCAGCGCAGAUCCCGAUGAUGGGGAUACAGAAAUCUUUUCACAAAUCACCUUUCCCACAGCCCAAACGGGUGGUGGUGGCUAUCGUGGUUAUCCUGUUGCAACCAAUUUAUGUUCAUCGGAAUCUUUGCAACCGCCAUUACCGCCAGCACCACCGCCACCAACCAGCAGCAGCACCAGCAACACCAAAGAGGAGGAUUCAAUGUCAACAACAUCAUCAGUAGCUCCUUCGGCCUCAUCAGUUAUAGGAACUGGAGGUACACCCAAAACCAUGUCCACCAAUAAUUCGGUGGACUCAAAGGCUGCCACACCGGACUAUCCGAAUAUGGAAUGUCCACCAGUAUUUGAGGCAGAAAUUUAUUCGCUCAGUGAGCCAAAUACCAGUUUAUCGCGUCUUAUGUUGCGGUCCAAUUCAAACACCAAUUCAUCGUCGUCAUCAUCAGCGGCUACGCCGGCGUUGACGACGGCGACGACAACCAACAACAACAAUAAUAUUAAUAACACCAAUAAUAACACCAAUACAACAACAACAACAAAUAGCAGUCCCAGCGGGGGCGAGCAUCAAAACUAAAAAAAAAAAACAAAAUAUAUACUUAUAUAGAUAUAUAUUGUGU